AUGGCAGACAGUCAGGAAAAUGACAAGAAUAUUGAAAUAUGGAAAAUAAAGAAAUUGAUUAAGGCUCUGGAAGCUGCUAGAGGGAAUGGUACAAGCAUGAUAUCCCUUAUAAUCCCUCCUGGUGAUCAGAUAGCCCGUGUGACUAAGAUGCUGGCAGAAGAGUAUGGGACUGCAUCAAAUAUUAAAAGCAGGGUAAAUCGUCAAUCUGUGCUUGGUGCAAUCACUUCUGCUCAGCAGAGGCUUAAAUUGUAUAACAAGGUCCCCCCUAAUGGUCUAGUUCUCUACACUGGAACUAUAGUCACCGAAGAUGGAAAAGAGAAAAAGGUCACCUUUGACUUUAUGCCAUUUAAGCCCAUAAAUGCAUCUUUAUAUCUUUGUGACAACAAGUUUCACACUGAACCUUUGACUCAACUCUUGGAAUCUGACGAGAAGUUUGGGUUUAUUGUGAUGGACGGGAAUGGGACACUUUUUGGAACUUUAAGUGGCAACACUAGGGAAGUGCUUCACAAGUUCACGGUUGAUCUUCCAAAAAAACACGGAAGAGGUGGACAGUCAGCCCUUCGGUUCGCUCGUCUCCGAAUGGAAAAGCGGCACAACUAUGUGCGGAAGACAGCUGAGCUGGCAACCCAAUUCUAUAUAAAUCCUGCCACAAGCCAGCCGAAUGUAUCUGGUCUAAUCCUCGCUGGUUCAGCUGAUUUCAAGACCGAACUGAGUCAAUCUGAUAUGUUUGAUCCCCGUCUGCAGGCGAAGAUCCUUAAUGUGGUAGAUGUGUCCUAUGGAGGGGAAAAUGGCUUUAAUCAGGCCAUUGAACUAUCGGCUGAGAUCCUAUCCAACGUGAAGUUCAUACAAGAAAAGCGCUUAAUAGGUAAAUUCUUCGAAGAAAUCAGCCAAGACACUGGAAAAUACGUUUUUGGUGUUGAUGACACGAUAAAGGCUUUGGAGAUGGGAGCUGUCGAGACACUGAUUGUGUGGGAAAAUCUGGACAUCAAUCGUUACAUGCUCAAGAACAGCGUAAAUGGUGAGAUUGUGAUUAAAUACUUGAACAAGGAUCAGGAGAAUGACCAAAACAACUACAAGGACCAGGACACAGCUGCAGAGUUGGAGGUUCAGGACAAAAUGCCUUUACUUGAGUGGUUUGCUAACGAGUACAGAAAGUUUGGCUGUAGUCUUGAGUUUGUCACAAAUCGGUCCCAAGAAGGUUCACAGUUCUGCCGAGGGUUUGGUGGUAUUGGGGGCAUUCUCCGUUACCAGCUCGACAUUCGAUCCUUUGAUGAACCAGAUGAUGAUGGUGGAUUUUACGAGGAUUCGGAUUGA